AGGAGGUUAGGGUUUUAUUCCGGGACUAUGACACUGUCGAGGAGGUCCUCGUAGCUUGUAAAUGGGAACCUCCAUUAAUCUCAACGAGCUCCGCUCUCUCUGAUCCUCUUAGAAAUGGAAACUGCCAACGACGGAACUCCACGAUCUCCGCCGCAGCAGGAGCCCGACCCCAAAAGGCCCAAAAUGUCUUCGACCACCGCCACCUCCGAUGACGACCAGGCCAACACGGCCAACCCAAGAAAGCCCAGGUACAAGCGCCGCAAGAUCGCCAUCUUCUUCGCCUACUGCGGCGUGGGCUACCAAGGGAUGCAGAAGAACCCCGGCGCCAAGACCAUCGAGGGGGACCUGGAGGAAGCACUCUUCCACGCCGGAGCCGUCCCCGAGCCGGACAGGGGCAACCCCAAGCGCUACGACUGGGCACGGUCCGCCCGGACCGACAAGGGCGUCAGCGCGGUUGGGCAGGUCGUGUCGGGGAGGUUCUAUGUGGACCCGCCGGGGCUCGUUGGCCGCCUUAACUCGCUGCUCCCGGAGCAAAUUCGGAUCUUUGGGUACAAGAGGGUGACUGCUUCGUUCAAUUCCAAGAAGUUCUGUGACCGGAGGAGGUACGUGUAUUUGAUUCCGGUGUUUGCCCUCGACCCGAGCUGCCAUAGGGAUAGGGAGAGCGUGCUUGCAAGUGUUGGGUCAGGGAGUGAGCUUGUGAAGUGCGUUGAGUGUUCGGAGAGAGGGAGAAAGGUAGUCGGUUUGAUGGGAAAGCGAUGUUUUUCCGAUUCGAAAGGCUCUGCUGAUGCUAGGAAUGGGAAUGGGAAUGUGGAUUCUUCGGAAUCAGUGGUUACGGGUAAUGAAGUUCAUGAGGUAACUGAUGUUAGACCAGGCAAUGACAUCAAUGAGGCUUCUGAUAUCAAUGUGGAUGCUGACCUGAAUUCAGGACCAUUGGAGGGGCCGGAUGGUGUUACUGAGGAGAAAGGGACGACUGAACCGAAUGCCAGAGUCAUAGAAGAAGUGACUGUUUCAUCAGAAGUCGAAAAAACUGGUUUCACAGAGGAAGCCACUUCUGCAGAAAAUGCACGCCCUGAAUUAGGGUCAGGGACGAUUGCCAUUGAAGAGAAGAGAGAAAAUGGUGUGGCAGAAGCUGAACCCGAAACCGUGAAGGGUAGCACCUUUAGUUACGGCGAGAAAGAGAGGGAGAGGUUUAACAGAAUCUUGAGCUACUACGUGGGGACUCAUAACUUCCACAACUUCACCACGAGAACUAAGGCUGAGGACCCCUCAGCCCGUCGCUAUAUUAUCUCAUUUGAUGCUAGCAAGACUGUCACUGUUGAAGGCAUCGAGUUUGUCAAGUGUGAGGUUGUGGGACAGAGCUUCAUGCUCCAUCAGAUCCGGAAGAUGAUGGGUCUUGCUGUGGCGAUCAUGAGGAACUGUGCUCCGGAGAGCUUGUUUGAGAAAGCUUUCGAAAAGGAUGUGAACAUCAAUGUGCCCACUGCUCCUGAGGUCGGGCUUUACUUGGACGAGUGCUUCUUCUCGUCGUACAACCAGAAAUGGAAGGAGAGUCAUGAGGAGCUCUCCAUGAAAGCAUAUGAGGAAGAGGCAGGGGAGUUCAAGAUGAAGUACAUAUACUCUCACAUAGCUUCAACAGAGCACAAGGAGGGAGUCGUGGCUCUCUGGUUGCAUUCCCUUAACCAUAGGAAUUAUCCCGAUUUACGUUCUCACAAUAAUGAUCAGAAUGUGGUUGAAAAUAGUGGUAAUCAGGUACCAAACAUGGAAACAUGAACUUGAGAUUACGGGUUUUUCUUACCGUAAAAUAUCAGAAGUUAUUGUUGUCUCAUCCUCAUUGAAGUAUUUAUAAACAGAUGAAAUGAUUCCAAAGUUUUGUUGCUUAAUAGUUAUAUAGAUCUCUUUUUCA